AGCUUGUAAUCCGAACCCCGCGGGCGGCGGAGUCAACAUAUAGCCCAAGCCUGCCGUUACCAUGCCGGUAGGACAGCAACUAAAUGAAAGACAUCGGAACUAACCAAGGAAGGAGAGGAGAUUAACCAGGAGUCCAGCAUCAGUCACACCUGAUCACAGGCUGCUGGGAUCACGAAGGGCUGUUUUCUUAUUUCUGCGCAGGAUGCAUCAGUCGCACGCCCGCUGCUCCUGAAUUUCAGGCUCAAGAAAAUGAGCUGACAGACAGCUAUUUUUGGACACUGCUGUUAGUAGCUAGCAGGCGCGUUGUUUUGAAUAGAAAAUGACUGCAUUUAUUUGAAAAGGAAAGAAACAAUGGUUGCAUCACUUUCUUUUCUGUUAGAGGAACGGAUUGCCUGGCCUGUGUAUGAGGGAGUGAAAUGCGACGGAGUUGUAUAGCCUACUCUGACCCAAGUGAACGAAACCAGCGUGUGCGGUUUAUAUUUUACACAAAGAAUGAACUCGUAUUUUUAUGGUGAUAAUUUGCCGGCCAGCAUGAUAGCAACAAUUCCAGUCAGCGGUGCCUCCACUUCUGGGUCGGGUGCGGUGACAAGUGCCCUGCGGAACGAUCUGGGCUCCAAUAUCCACGUCCUGAAGACGCUCAACCUGAGGUUCCGCUGCUUCCUCGCCAAAGUCCAUGAACUGGAGAGAAGAAAUAAAUUACUGGAGAACCAGUUACAAGAGGCACUGGAGCAGUCGCGUUACCAGGGUUACUUUUCUCGUGAGGUGGGCGUUCAGACGGAUUCACUGGAGUCCCGACUCCCCGGGACCAUCUGGAGUUUCACACACGUGAGGAGACAGGGCGAGCGUUUGGAAACUCUUCAGGGCCCCGGCGUGUCGUGGAACCAUCCGGACGGGGUUGGGGUCCAGAUUGACACCAUCACCCCAGAACUCAGAGCGCUGUACAAUGUUCUGGCCAAAGUCAAACGGGAAAGAGACGACUACAAGAGAAAAUGGGAGGAGGAGCUGUCUAGACGAGAGCAGAUGGAGUCUAUGGUGGAGACGCUGCAGGAGAGUGCCCAGGAGUCUGAGGUGAUCCAAGACGAGCUCAGUGAGAAGGUGGACAGACUGAAAGCUGAGCUGGUGGUCUUUAAAAGUCUUGUUAGUGACGGUGUCAGCCGUCUGGGCUUGCAGCCCAAACCUGCCGAGUCGCGCUGGAAGCUGCUGGACCUUAAACAAAUGUCAGAGCUGGACACGAAGAUCCAGGAGAAAGCCAUGAAGGUGGACAUGGACAUCUGCCGACGCAUCGAUAUCACAGCCAAGCUGUGUGACGUGGCCCAGCAGAGGAACUCCGAGGACAUGUCCCUCAUGUUCAAUGUCAGCCCGUCCAGAACGUUGCCAGACAGGGGGGCAGUAGCAUGCAGAAGGAAGGAGCGUAAGGUGACGUCAGACGAGGAGAGUUCUGAGAUGGACGCUGAUCCUAGCACAUCAGAGGAGGAGGUGCCUGGCUCCCUCAACAUCACGGACGAGAUGAAACGCAUGCUCAACCAGCUCCAUUGCUCUGACACCUCCCUUAUUGCCAGGAAAGAGACGUUCGACAUCGACGACGACGACUGUGACAGUCUGACGUGGGAGGAGAACGAGGAGACCCUGCUGCUGUGGGAGGACUUCACCAACUACAACGUGCCGUAUGCCUUCAACAACAACAACAACAACAACCCCGGCACAGUGGAGAGCCUCGGGGAGAGUGGAGAGCCUGUGUCCCAGGAGGGGAGUUUGGGCAGCCUGAUCGACGAGACCGAGACUCUGUUCAAGAACAGAGAGCAGGAGUACCAGAAGACCAUUGGAGAGAUUGAGGAGGAGUUGGCCACGGCUAAGUCAGACAUGAACAGACACCUGCAUGAGUACAUGGAGAUGUGCAGCAUGAAGAGAGGCCUGGAUGUGCAGAUGGAGACCUGCAGGAGGAUGAUCAAGGGGGGCAGAAACUCUCCUUCCGUCAGCUCAGUGGCCAGCAGUGACUCAGGGAACACUGAUGAGAUCCAGGACGAGUUGGAAAAGGACGGCGAAGUGGAGGGACCAGUCAGCUGAUUCCAGCUGCAUCUGGCCCCGCCCACCCCUCCUCACACAAGGACAGCCAGCCAAUGAGCUUCUUUUUUGGCUCCUGGGCAACCCAGCGUUCCGCUGGCGGCCUCUACCAAUCCCAGGCCACGGCCAUAUGACGGACAGGUCUCGACCCGACCCACCACACAAAGAAUUGGUGCUUAAAAAAUCUCCACUCCAGCGGAGAGUGGUGGUGAGGAGGGGUGUGUUUUUUAUGCCCCCUUUUGCUUCUCGAGUGUUUAAAGUAACAAAACGUAGAACCGUUAAAAGCUGCACGCGUCACGUCGUGUCGCGCUGUGUCGUGACCGUGUUUCCUGAUCUGCCAGCCACCCCCACUGGGCUCCACACUGACCUCACAGAGCCAACACACCCCCAUACACCUGUCAAUCAAAACCACCUGCCAAUCAAAGCUAGUCCUCUUCAGACUUCAUGAUAAAAGUACCCUCUCCACUCUGAAAUCACAGUACAGUGCUCAAACACCCAGAUAGCUACUAGGGUUGCUUUCACACCUACCUUGUUUGGCCUGGACCUUCAGACCUUUCAGUUUGGUCUGGACCUUCAAUAGCAGGUAUGAAAGGGCCCUUGGCCAUGAUACCGCGGUACACACCCAAAUAUCAAAAUCUGGUUUGACCCUCUACUUUGACCCUCUAAUGACAGACAACUACUCAUCAAGCACUACACUACUCAAACAACAGGCACAGAACUUACUAGCACAGUAAAAAGAACAGCUCUGCUUUCUGAACGGUGGCGCAUGGGACAGAUCAGCUCAGACAUUGUUUCCACUUUCACCAAGAAAAUGCAAUGGCUGACACUGGUAUGGCCCUAGUCUUGGUCUCCUGUUGAUCCAGAGCAGAGCCAGGCCAGAGUGGUUUACUGUGUGCCCCCUCAUGUUCCCCCUCUGUCAGGUCUCAAUGGGAGCUGGGUGGUGUGUGUGUGUGUGUGUGUGUGUGUGUGUGUGUGUGUGUGUGUGUGUGUGUGUGUGUGUGUGUGUGUGUGUGUGUGUGUGUGUGUGUGUGUGUGCAGAACAGUGUAGGUUCUGCCCAAGGAAUGCUCUGUUCAAAAGUUCUAUGCAAUCGGAUAGCCUUAUUUCAGGACAGAUGGUUUCGUUAUUUGCCUUUGAUUAGCUGGACAGAUGUGUGUACCUGUUCAACAUUGUGUGUCUGUGUGAGGACAGCAAGUAUGGAACAGUGCCCCCCCCCCCCCCCCCCCCCAACACACACACACACACACACACACACACACACACACACACACACACACACACACACACACACACACACACACACACACACGCAUACAGAGACAAUGUUACUCACCACAUAAAAUAUCAAAUUAUUCAGUUAUAUUCAGGUACAGAGCUAAGAAAACCAGUAGCAAUGAUCUCCCAACUGAACCAAGUCAUACAUUUCCAUAUUUACAAGCCCAUCAAAUCUCAGCCACUCUGAGACAGGAUCUGUGACAGGAUCCUAUGCAUUGGAAUGUAAUAAAUGGACUUACACUAAUCUUUAAAAUACAGAAUGUCUUACGUAGGUCUAUUGUGGCUGUAAAGAGUUUACCUGUCUGAGUUCACAUAUUUGUUUCAUUAUACGUCAAAUCAGUGUUAGCCUUACAACACUGUUAGUGGGCUAACAUAAUCAACCAUUUAAGUUGUAUCAUUAUGACCAGCAGGGGGCAUUGUUUCAUACUGAUGGCCGUCCUUUGAGGUGUUAUACUGUUGAGUGCAGGGCGCUAUUAAAUGUAUAUAGAAGUCUUUGGCAUGUCAUACCUUAGUGGCCUUUCAGUUCAUUCAGUAUGAUUUAUCACUAUGAUAAUCACUGUGUUCUGUGUUUGUUUGAUUGCAUUUAAUCUCUUGGUUGUUUUUGGUUGCUUUAGAAUUUUGAUGCAUAAUUGACAGGUAAACUGGCAAAGCAUGGGGUAACAAGGAAUAUUUUAGCUUGAUGUAAGAUAAAAGGAUCUCCAUCAGAGAUUGAGAGUCAAUGAUAUAUGUAUAAAAAGGCUCUGAAAUUCCCUCUUUUCAUUUUCAAGAUGCACAAUAUAUUUACCCUAUACACUUUCUUUUUAGUGAACUCUGGGCUCUACCCUAAUCCACUCUGAUUAUUUGUCAUAUAAAGGGGUUUUAUUUCAUUUGUUUUUGAUGUGUUUAUGUUUGUUUUGGAGCAGUGUGUAAAAUGAAACUCUGCUCUCCAAAUGUUUUCUCUGAUGUGUUAUCCUCUCUGAGAGUAUUGUUGAUUAUGGAUGAGCCGAGGGCACAUGUAGGGCUAUAUGGAAGUGCUCUUGGAGAAUUGUGUAUAAUGAUUGAUUUGACUUGCAAGUCUUACAUAUGGAUGUUAGUAAGAUAAUGCUAUGAUUUGUCAUAGUAUACAGUUUUUCUCCACAUGUCCAUAGCAAGACAUAAUCUGGUAAUCUGGUCACACACACACACACACACACACACACACACACACACACACACACACACACGCACACUCCAAAUAAAGGCAAAGCCAGCAUUCAGUACUUUUGAGAAACAUUCAGAAAUUCAGUAUUUCAGAAACCAAGAUCAGCGAGUCCUCCUUAAAGGUUUUGUCCCAGAAUUUGAGCUACCCAAAGAUGUUCUUACUAAAGUUAGGUUAACUCAGAGAUCUUGCUUUGCGGAACAUCCCCCAAUUUCAUCACACGCUUUUGGCAUAGUGUUACAAUGAGAGGCGUGUCGAGAUUGAAGUUUGACUGAACUAAGUGUUUCUCCCAGAGACAGCGGCUGCAAGAACUCAGAGCACGAAUUGUUCAUAAAUAUAAGUAUAUAAGUAUAUAUAUACAUAAAUUACUAUAUAUUUUUUGUGAUAAAAGAAACCAAACUACAGCAAAGAGACAAAUUGACAAGAAAGAAUGUUUCCUAAAACAUGAUUGUAAUUAUGUGACAUGGUGUAUUGAGAAAAGUGACACAUGAAAAAUAUAGAGUCCUCUGUAGGAUGUGUUAACAAGUGCUAUGUGUUCCACUGGACUAUCAAGAUCAUGGAUGGACGGAUGUGUUUAGGGGCCUUUAGUGCUGGACAUUCAGACCAUUGCAUAGCACAAUUAAAGCAAGUGUGUAGAAUGAUAAACAUUGUAUCUGUUUAAGAUUUGAUUUGUUUGUGAUGGGAAAUGUAAGUCUUUGCAGGAGAGUAAACUGGAUUCAUGUUUUGUUGAAAUACAGUAGUGCUACAGAAGUCUGCAAAAUCCUUUAGUAGGAUAUUUUCAUACAUGUUGCUGCUGGACAAAGAAUAAACCCAUAUUGUCAUUUCUCAAUGUGGAAACUCCUGAAGAAAGUCACUCUUGUCGGUCAUCCUGACUAGCCUGCAUGAGGUGGCAAGGCAACCAUCCCUAUAUUUUUUAUCAAAUAUUUUUUUUUCCCCAUACUUUGUAAGACUUGUGAAUCAGAUUUUUUGUAAAUGACUGCAUGAGAUCCGUGGUACAGAGACACCAGAUCUACCAUGAAUGAGAGAAGUGUAUUCACAAUGUGUACAUCUUUCAGCUGAAUGUACUGUACUAUAAAUCCACACAAGAGGGUGUUUGGAAACACACACACACACACACAGGCCCACUCACACAUAUGCUGCUCAGUGCAUUUUCAGCACAGCUAUUCUCUUAAGCCGCCAUAGCACCCUGUCAUGUGUCAUGCUUUGAGAGUGAAGUUCCUGGAGUGGAUCACCAGGGCUUCUUGUCCCCACUGAUUGUCCUGAGUGACUACACAGUGUGCCAUAUCCAGAGGGUUGUGUGGCUAGAGACUGCUGAACGCCCACACACAUCUUCUGCAGUGGGCUUGGGAUGUGCUAAAAACCAGGCAAGAGCAUACAGAUCUGGGUGACACUUUAUUUGGAUGGUUCCCAGACUUUCUAGCUUGCUGUUGAAACUCUGUUGACUACAAUUUGUGAACAAAGUUCCGUUUUCUCAAGGUACUCAAGGUAUAUCCAGUGAACAAUGAGAAAGAAUGAACUUGAAAUUCAACAAACCAGCUGUACAGUCUCUGCAGGCAAACUGUCCUAAUAAAGUAGGCUACCCAGAUCUGACCUGCAGUCACCAGUUAUCCGGCGUGUUUUUCUCUCACUGGUUUCCCAUGCAAACUCCAGAAAGUGGUGGUGGUCUUUGCGUCACUUACUCAAAUAUUUUGGCUCAAAGAGUUUUGUCAGAAAAUAUGUAUAUGUAUUUGGACAAUUUCUUUGUAGAAACCAUUGUACAAAUUGUUUCUGAGACAAAUGACUACCAUUUGCAUUUGUUUUAUGUUGGGGAGAAGGGUAUAUAGAAGAUGAAUGUAUCUGGUGUUUGGUUAAACAAAAAAAAUAAUAAAACAGUUUACCUUAA